GGUAAAAGAUGGCAAACGUCACACUUGUUUAAUUAUUGUCAUCUCCCUCACUCUCUCAUCACCAGCUUCAAACUUUCACAACCUCUCUCUCUCUCUCUAGCUCACUGUUCAUUUUGCAGAAUCUAAUAAUAACAAAAUAUGGACUACGAAAGGAUUCACAACCCACUUCAGGCUGGUAUAAUAUCUCCUAGUAAAUUGAGGAUGAAACUAAUGGGCCAGAGAAAAAAAGAUGCAGGAGGUUCAAGAAGCAGUUCUGCAAGAACAUCUCCUUCUAAACUUGAAGAUGCAGACUUUGUCAACAACAGUUUAUUAGCUUCAAAUUCUGAUGAAGAAGUUUCUAGCAUGGGGAUUUCAUCAUUGUCAUUCGAUAACGGGCAAGUUGAGCAGGGUAUUGGGCAACAUAUGAAAGAGGUUCGUGUGAAGCCCAACCAGUUUCAAAAGACAGAUUGCAGUAAUUCGAGUUCGGUUCAUCCUAUAAGGUCAUUGGAAGAUGAUAAUCUUGAUUAUGAUAGUAAUGCAAGCUCAUCUAGCUUUGAGUUUCAUAAACACGAAAGAUCAAGUCAAAAUGCUAUUUCAAGAUCCCUGUUGAGACCUAUGUCUUCUAAAUGGAAUGAUGCUGAAAAGUGGAUAAUUAAUAAACAAAAUAUGCAUUAUCAUAAUUCGAAAAACACUAUGCAAAACCGAGUGAAUUUUGGAGGCGUUAGAGGUUAUUCUGAGUCUAAUAUUAGUUCUGUUAAACGGGUUGACUUUAGUAGUCAACCCGCAUUGCAAUUGGGGCCAGAUAGAUUUUCAUUUACACCCUCUGGCUCACAACACCACCCCGUUUCGAGUCAAACAAAUGACCCGAGGGGGUCAAUCGAUCAAUGUCCUGAAAGUAAAGAUUUAAAAGAAAUCGACACCCAAAGUUCAAAUAAUGAUGUAAGAUCUGUGUCGAUGAGAGACAUGGGAACGGAAAUGACUCCAACUCCGAGUCAAGAACCGUCAAUGACUUCCACACCCGUGGGGGCCACAACCCCGCUUCGUAGUCCAAGUUCUUCAAUCCCAUCUUCACCUAGAAGAGGCAGACCCACAUCCACACCUAUACAACACACGGUUAACAACGACUCGCAGAUCCCAAAAGUGUUGACCGAGCAAGAAGUCAAACUUAGAACCCGCAAGGAGAUCUUACAGCUAGGGAUGCAGCUCGGGAAGACGAACAUCACUGCAUGGGCUAGCAAAGAAGAUAUGGAAAAGAAAGCAUCGGAUGUUGAAAAUGACGAGGAAACGUUGAGGAUUGAAUAUGAAAAACGGGCUGCUGCUUGGGAAGAUGCUGAAAAAUCUAAACAUAACGCAAAAUUCAUGCGCGAAGAGAUCAAAAUUCAAGCUUGGGAGAGUCAGCAGAAGGCGAAACUUGAAGCCGAAAUGAGAAGAAUAGAGGCUGAAGUUGAACAAAAAAGAGCCCAUGCACAAGCAAAGAUGUUGAAAAAGAUUGCAAUGGCAAAACAGAAGUCGGAGGCGAAACGGGCUGCAGCAGAAGCCUUAAAGAGCAGGCAGGCGGCUCGGGCAGCAGCGCAAGCCGAAUACAUUAGGCAAACGGGUCGAAUUCCGCCAUCGUCCCCCAACAGCUGUUGUGGGUGGUCAUAAGAAUAAUAAUAAUAAUUAUCUGUAAUUAGUCCAGUUUGGUUUGGUGGUGUAAUAUUUGCAUAAUUUCUUGUUUGGAUUUGAUGAUCCAGCAAUCACACAUAAUAUGAGUUGUUGGUAGUUGAUGGCAGGUGGUACCACAGUAAAUUUUAUUAUUAUUAUUAUUA